CACACUCCCAACAACAUGUGCUCCACUGGAUGUUGCUCCACAGGAUGCUGCUCCGUCGUGAAGACCAAGACCGUGUGCUGCAGCCCCUGCCAGAAAACCGUGUGCUGCAGCCCCUGCCAGAAAACCGUGUGCUGCGAGAAGAGCGUGUGCUGCAGCCCCUGCCAGCAGUCCUGCUGCUGCGACCCGUGCCAGAAGACAGUGUGCUGUGACCCGUGCCAGAAGACAGUGUGCUGUGACCCGUGCCAGAAGACUGUCUGCUGUGACCCAUGCCAGUCUGUGUGCUGUGACCCGUGCCAGCAGGCAGUCUGCUGUGACCCAUGCCAGAAGCCCUGCUGUGAUCCAUGCCAGACUGUGUGCUGUGACCCAUGCCAGAAGCCCUGCUGUGACCCAUGCCAGACUGUGUGUUGUGACCCAUGCCAGAAGCCCUGCUGUGACCCGUGCCAGACUGUCUGCUGUGACCCAUGCCAGAAGCCCUGCUGUGACCCGUGCCAGCAGGCAGUCUGCUGUGACCCAUGUCAGAAGCCCUGCUGUGACCCGUGCCAGCAGGCAGUCUGUUGUGAUCCAUGCCAGAAGCCCUGCUGUGACCCAUGCCAGCAGGCAGUCUGCUGUGACCCAUGUCAGAAGCCCUGCUGUGAUCCAUGCCAGCAGUCCAGCUGCUGUGACCCGUGCCAGACUGUGUGCUGUGAUCCAUGCCAGAAGCCCUGCUGUGACCCAUGCCAGCAGGCAGUCUGCUGUGACCCGUGCCAGAAGCCCUGCUGUGAUCCAUGCCAGCAGUCCAGCUGCUGUGACCCGUGCCAGUCUGUGUGCUGUGACCCAUGCCAGCAGUCCAGCUGCUGUGACCCGUGCCAGUCUGUGUGCUGUGACCCGUGCCAGUCUGUGUGCUGUGACCCGUGCCAGAAGACUGUCUGCUGUGACCCGUGCCAGCAGCCCGUGUGCUGCACCAAGGUGUGCCAGAAGUCCAUCUGCUGUGUGCCCCGGCCCUGCUGCUCCUCCUGCUGCUCCUACGUGGUGAAGAAGCCCGUGGUGGUUUGCUGCAGCCCCGUGCAGUGCUGCACCACUGUCAGGAAGUGCUGUGUCCCCUGCAUCCCCAUCCAGCAGUGCUGCAUCAAGAAGAGCUGCUGAGCUGUCCUUGGGUGGCAAAAGCACCUCUGCCAGCUCCACGUCUGGUGUGCGAUGAGAACAG